UUUCCAAUUUUUUUUUUUAAAAUUCUGUCCCAGCUGAUUGUUUUCUGCUUUUCUGUCGAUAAUUUUGGUCCUUUUCUUGAUUCUGCGUUUGACGCAAUUUAGGUUUUGGAGCUAUUUUUACCGUCUCCUCUGAAAGUUUGAGCCCUUGAGUUCGUUGAAUCGGCAUGUUAGUUUGACGAGGAUGAAUCAAGGAGGGACUACUGAUACUCUAACAACACUGGGCACCAAUUCCGUCGAGAAGUAUCCAGUCAUUGAUCCAAGUCAAGCACACGCAUCCUCUUACUAUGCCUCAACUGGCUCUGCACCAAUAUCAUGGACCACCCAUGGGGCAAAUAAUUAUCCUAGGGAGAAUGGAACCGUUUCUACUUCCACUUAUCAUCAUGACCAACAAGCAGAAUUAACCUCAAGGAGUGUCCAAGAUGGAUUAAAUGGGGCACCUGUUGUAUCCACUUCAACUUCUGGGGCAGUAAAUGUACAACACGAUUACAAUAGUUAUUCAACCUACCAGAAUACAGAUCCGUAUGGAUAUGGAAAUACAGGAUAUGCAUCUUACUAUAAUAAUUAUCAGCAGCAAACAAGUCAACCAUAUCAACCUCCUGUAGGAGCAUACCAAAACUCAGGUGCUCCUUAUCAGCCUCUUUCCUCAUUUCAGAAUACUGGGUCUUAUGCUGGGUCUGCAAGUUAUUCAAGCACUUACUACAAUCCUGCUGAUUAUCAGACAGCCGGAGGUUAUCAGAGUGGUGUUUAUAGCAACCAGACCAAUUAUUGGCAAGAAGGACAGUAUGCAACAUACUCUUCUCAAUAUCCCAACUACACCCCAGACUCGACUACAUUGUAUAGUUCCACUCCUAGUGCUGCAUCUUCACAGUAUGCACAUCAUUAUAAGCAAUGGGCUGACUAUUACAAUCAAACACAAACAGAAGUCAGCUGUGCUCCAGGGACAGAAAAUGUUUCUGUUUCUGGUGCACCUAGUCUGAGUUCUGUCCCUUGUGGGUAUCCAGCAGCAAAUAGUCAAGCCUCUGCACCUUAUAUUACGUCCUGGAGGCCGGAAUCUACAUCUUCUGAAUUACCUGCGGCACAGUCUGGUACACUGAAUGGUGGUGUUCAUGAUGGGCAUUGGAAGCCUGCACCUGCAGUUUUUCAAAAUCAAAAUUUGAAUUCAGUGCAACAUGUUCAAAUGCCUUUAGAGACAAGUUCCACAUAUGAAAGCUUCCAGAAUCAGCAAAAUCACGCACAUUCUCAAGGGCAUAACUUAGUGUAUACAGCUACGCAUCAGGUUCCCCAAAGUUAUCAGUCAUCUUUACAAACUGUUUCACAAAUUGCUCCACAGCUUGAUUCGCGCAGGGCAAGCAGCAAAUUGCAGAUUCCUACAAAUCCUAGAAUUGCUUCAAAUUUGGGCUUGGGUUUUCCAAAAGUAGAGAAGGAUAUUUCUGCAAGCACUGCAGCUUCAAAGCCUGCCUACAUUAGUGUUUCACUGACAAAGCCAAAUGAGAAAGUGCCAUCUGAAGAUGCUGCUGAGUCUAUACUAAAGCCUGGCAUGUUUCCAAAGUCACUGUGUGGUUAUGUCGAAAGGGCUUUGGCUCGCUGCAAAGGUGAUGCACAAAUGGUGGCUUCUCAAGCUGUCAUGAAAGAGAUUAUCAUGAAGGCAACCGCUGAUGGUACUCUACAUACAAGAGAUUGGGAUACAGAGCCUCUUUUCCCCCUGCCGAAUGCAGAUGCUGCUAAUCAAGAACAUAUACUGUUCUCAACUCCCAUUUCUUCAUUACCAAAAAGCAGAAGUCCUAGUAGACGAUCCAAAAGUAGGUGGGAACCUAUAUCAGAAGAGAAAGUGGCUGACAAGCCUCCUGCUGCUGCUGCCCGUGAACCUGUAAAAUAUGGUUUUUGGAACAAACAGCACUAUACAGUUGGAAAAACAGAGAACAAGGUGGAUAACUGGAGUAAUACCAAAUUUUCUUUACCAGAACAGAAAAGCUCCAACAAAAAUUCUUUCAGGCCAGCUAAGAAGCAACGUCUUGUUGAUGGUCUAAGUGCAGCUGAUAAUGGUGAUGAAUCAAGUGAGAGUGAUAAGGAACAAACUUUAACAGCAUAUUAUUCUGCUGCUGUAGCACUUGCUGAUUCACCAGAGGAAAGAAAGAGACGUGAAAGUCGAUCAAAACGUUUUGAAAAGGGACAUGGAAACCGAGCAGAAAUUAAUCAUUUUAGGCAGAAAAGUGCUGGUGCUGGCAAUCUAUAUACUAGACGAGCUAGUGCAUUGGUGCAUAGCAGAAACUUUGAGGACAGUGGCACCAAGGCUGUUGAAGAUAUUGACUGGGAUGCUCUUACUGUCAAAGGGACCUCUCAGGAAAUUGAGAAACGUUAUCUGCGCCUUACUUCGGCUCCUGAUCCUGUCACGGUAAGACCAGAAGAGGUCUUGGAAAAAGCCCUGCUUAUGGUGCAAAAUUCUGAAAAGAAUUACCUUUAUAAGUGCGAUCAGUUAAAAUCCAUUCGGCAAGACUUGACUGUACAGCAUAUACGCAAUGAGUUAACUGUAAAGGUUUAUGAAACUCAUGCUCGUUUAGCAAUUGAAGUUGGGGAUCUGCCAGAGUUUAAUCAGUGCCAAUCCCAGUUGAAAACGCUUUAUGCUGAAGGAAUCAGUGGAUGCCAUUUGGAGUUUGCUGCAUACAAUUUACUCUGUGUAAUCCUGCACUCUAACAAUAACAGAGAUCUCCUGUCUGUGAUGUCAAGAUUAUCAGCUGAUGCUAGGAAAAAUGAUGCUGUGAAACACGCUCUUGCAGUUCGUUCAGCAGUGACUUCAGGGAAUUAUGUUCUGUUUUUCAGGCUAUACAAAACAGCUCCCAACCUUAGUACUCUUCUCAUGGAUCUUUAUGUUGAAAAGAUGCGAUAUGCAGCAGUAAAGUGUAUGUCUCGUUCAUAUCGUCCUACUAUUCCCGUCGCAUACAUUUCUCAGGUUCUGGGCUUCGGUAAUGUCUCGCCCACAACUGAAGCAAGUGAUGAGAAGGAAAGAGAUGGAGUUGAAGAAUGUGCAGAAUGGUUGAAGGCUCAUGGUGCAUGCCUAUCUAAUGAUAAUGCUGGGGAGAUGCUUCUUGACACAAAGGUAUCUAUGUCAAGCCUCUACAUGCCAGAACCUGAGGAUGCCGUGAGCCAUGGAGAUGCUAAUCUUGCAGUUGACGAUUUUUGGGCACGGAAUCCUGUAUAAGUUGGUAUGGUUAAGUGGAAGAGUCGUCUGAAGGUCCUGUCUGGGGGGAAUCUGAUUAAGCCAUCACAGAGAUCAGUUCCAAGAAAUUUUGCUUGGAGAUUUGCGCAGGGCAGCUGUUCAAUUAGCGGGGAUGUGGACUUCUGUUAUAUCAACUGUAUGUUGUGAGAUAUUAUGAAUUGAAAGGGAAAGGAAAUGUGAGUUCCCAUUGAAGUGCUUCUCCCAGUGUACUGAUGGGAUGCACUUGUACUUCCAACUCAUUAAUAGAUAUCAGUGUCUCGAAAGAAAUUACCAUUCUUUCCAGGGAUGAUAGAGAACUAUACAAAUGUAUAUUGGAAGGGAAAAUGAAAUAAGCAAUAGUAACGUUUACACUGUAGGUUUGGACCUGGAGUCAGGAAGAUGGCAUGAGGAGCCUGACUUGUUUGUAUGAUGGCUAUUGAAUAUCAUCAAUUUUGGCGGUUCACCACUGGACUUGAUUUUUCCGGCC